AUGUACCAGGGUGUAGAACUGGAUACGACGGUUGAUAUUUGUGAAGGUAAAGGGGCAUGUCAGUAUGUUCUUCUUCAGGCGUCGAAGGCCAUCUUUGACCUCGACGGUGAGACUGAUGUCGACGGUAUCGAUCUCAUCCGUAAGACUUGGGGCGAAGUCCGUACAAAUACCGGUCCUCUGACUGGAGAAAAUGUUUUCUACGGAAUUGGAUGCGAUCUCUUGCUAGAAUUGUGGCCGUGUGGCGGACUGUGGAUUCCCCGGCCAAAUAUCUCUGAUUUCAGUCAGAGUUUCAUCGUUGUUUCUGGUGCCGGUCGUGUCUUCAGGCCCAUCAAAGACCUCCAUGGCAGGAUGAAUGAGGCUAUUGAUGGCUUAGUUCCGCGGGAGACUGUUGUCAAGGGUAUCAUUGGAGGUGAGCUGUUCUUCGAACGGAGAAUUGAAAAGCAGACUCAAGAACUCGGUAUUUGA